ACAACAACCACGUCAUGAAAAUAAUACUCGCCGAAGCAGGUGGGCCACGCCGGGGUGGGUGGUGGAUGAGCUCAUACGAAAGGGAAAAGAAACAAGUUUAGCUUUUUGGAAACGUAGCGACGGCAGCAGCCUCAUUUGAACGCCAAACGCCAUCGACGCCGGACCGUUGGAGCGAGAGAGCUUACAUAGAAGAACGCGGACAGUGUGACAGAAUCCCCACCAUUGUGUGUGCGUGUGCGAGAACUACGAUAGUGCCCUACCCGUAUUAUGAGAAAUUUUCGUACAGCUCUUUCCUCUUACUAAUUGGCAAAACCCGAAACCGAAAAACUUCUGUUACGUGGCCGCAGCGAGUGCAUAAAAUUUUUUCAACGCUAGUCAGCUAAGCUUCUCAAAAGACGCGUCUAAUCGCCUCACUCACACUCGCGCCCCAGCCAGAAGCGACCGUUUCGAUUUAUUCGGUUUUUGUGUUUGGAAAACAAAACAUCCAAAAGGAAAACAAAAUCGUGGGGCGACCAAGAGAGGCCCAACUCUGCAGCGGGUAACAACAAAAUCAAUAAUUGGCCCUGCGUCCGGUCCUUGAGUCUGUGUGAGUGUGUGUGCCUGAGUGUGCGUGGGCAACACUGUGAGAACAACUGGAGCAAUGCCUUGCUGAUUGAUAGAAAAAAUAGACAAACGGCAGGCGAAUAGCAACAACAGAAACCAGAAAAUCGCAAAUUGAAUUAAGGCCGAGAAAGAUCCGCCAUGCAGUCGGUACAAUCGCCCGGUACACCUGUGAACAGUGCCCCGGCCAGUGCAGCAGCGGCUCCGCCGCCCACCGCCUCCCUCCCGGUCAUUCCGUUCUCGUCCGGGGCCGCUCCAGCUGGAACUGGUGCCGCCAGCAGCACUCCGAUUAGAAUCAACAGCGCCAAGCAUGCGGGGGGCGGUGCUGGGGACUCACUGGCGCCCUCUGCCGCCCAUUCGCACUCGAUGCCGGGAACCCCCCAGCAGUCCAGCAGCGUGCCCACCGGCAGCCAGCUGCCCCUCCCCCUGCCCACCGGCGGCGGAGGCUCGGUGACCCCGACGGCCCUGUCCAUGGGCGCCUCCAACCAGUCGCUCGGCGUCAGCGUGGGAGCAGCCAGCAGUGUCAGCGGGAUUAGCAUCACGCCGCCCAACAGCGCCGGUCUGCGCCAGUCGACAGUAUUCGAUUUCAAAUUCAAACGGCGACCCUCGCUGAAAGUGCUCAUGACCAAGCUCCCCUCCACGGACAGUCUGAGCAACAGUCCGGCGCCAUCAUCGCCAGGAAUCGCCAACUGGGCCUCAGACAAUCGGGAUGGAAAUCUGGCAGAUAAGUCAGCGGCCGAGGCUGCCAAGCUUAAUCGGAAGGAGUCCUACAAGGCCCAGAGGAAGAACUACAGACGCGAGAAGAAGCGAGUGGCCAGUGAAAUGAUGAACUCGCUCCAGGAUCCGGCAGUGAUCGUACUGGCCGACUGGCUGAAGGUGCGAGGCACUCUCAAGUCCUGGACAAAGCUGUGGUGCGUUCUGAAGCCAGGACUGCUGCUCAUUUACAAGAGUCAGAAGACUAAGAGCAGCCACUGGGUGGGCACAGUCAUGCUCACGUCCUGCCAGGUCAUAGAACGCCCCAGCAAGAAGGACGGUUUCUGCUUCAAGCUCUUCCAUCCUUUGGAGCAGUCCAUUUGGGCACCGCGCGGACCUGACAAGGAGACCAUCGGAGCUGUGGUCCAGCCGUUGCCUACGGCUUACCUGAUAUUCCGGGCCCCCAGUCAAGCGGCUGGCAAGUGCUGGAUGGACGCCUUGGAGCUCUCCCUGCGAUGUUCUGCCCUCCUGCUGCGCUCGAACAGCAGCACUGGGGCAGCGCCCUCAUCCAGCUACGUGGGCGAUCCGUUACCGGUCUCCCACGAGACCCAGUGGUCGGAGGCGGACUACGAGAAGCACUUCAACGAACAUGAUCUGGAUGCAGACAGUCAGAAUGAAGCACCCAACGCUGUCAUGUCCGGUCUGGAGUCUGAAUCGGAGUCCGAUGCCGCCGAGCAAGUUCAGGAGGACGGACCAGAACAAUGUCAGGAAACAACCUACGUGCCCAUAACCGAGGAGGAGUUUGGCGAGCAGCAAGGAGAGCAGGUAGAGGAGUUGGCCGAGGAGAACAAGAGUUUGAUCUGGUGUAUUGUCAAGCAGGUGCGACCCGGAAUGGACCUGAGCAAGGUGGUAUUGCCCACCUUUAUCCUGGAGCCGCGCUCCUUCUUAGACAAGCUCAGCGACUCUUACUACCAUGCAGACAUUCUCUCCAAGGCCGUCCACGAAGAUGACGCCUUCACGCGGAUGAAGCUAAUAGUCCAAUGGUACCUGUCGAGCUUCUACAAGAAGCCCAAGGGCUUGAAAAAGCCCUACAACCCGAUUUUGGGAGAGCGGUUCCGCUGCUACUGGCAGCACCCCACCGGCAGCCGAACCUUCUAUAUUGCCGAACAGGUCUCGCACCACCCUCCAGUUUCUGCUUUUUACGUGACGAACCGGGAGGACGGCUUCAGCAUCACCUGCUCCAUCCUGGCGAAAUCGAAGUUCUACGGCAACAGCACCUCUGCGGUGCUAGAAGGCGCUGCCACCAUGACGUUGCUGCCGCGCGGUGAAUGCUAUACGGCCUCCACGCCGUACGCCCACUGCAAGGGCAUUCUAAUGGGCACCCUGUCGAUGGAACUCGGGGGCAAGAUAAACAUCGAAUGCGAGAACACCGGUUACAGGACGGAGCUGGAGUUCAAGCUGAAGCCAUUCCUUGGCGGUUCGGAUGCCACGAAUGUAGUAGUUGGCAAGAUCAAGCUGGGCAAGGAGACCCUGGCCACGAUCUCGGGUCACUGGGAUAAGGAAUGUCGUAUUAAGGAUUCCAAAACGGGCGAGGAAACGCUGCUAUUCCGGGCAGAUGCUGAGAUGCGUUCCAAACGUCUAACGCGGUAUUUGGUUCCUCUCGAGGAACAGCAACCAUUCGAAUCGCAGCUUCUAUGGCAGCGUGUCUCGGAUGCAAUCGCUCGUGAGGAUCAGGUGGCGGCCACCGAGGAAAAGACGGUGCUGGAGGAGCGCCAGCGUUCAGAUGCCAAGGAACGGGUCAGUACAGAUUCCCAAUAUAUACCUGGUAUUUUUGAGCUCGACAGCUACGGCCAGUGGGUGUACAAGUACGCGGAUCUGCGUCCAUGGGACUCACGGAAUGAUGUGCGCCAAUACGAGUGCGACUACAAGGUGCUCACCCAGACGCGUCACAAGUCCGUGCCGAUUAUCCACGGAGCCGAACUAAUGCAUCCGCUGCGUCCAUCCCUCGAGACCAUAUCACGCAGCCAAAGACAAUCAAACGCCGGGCAGGGUACUCAGCCGGGCGGUGCAGCGGCCCCCAAGGCCAAGAACAAGAGCCUGGUGCUGGCGCCACGCGACACCAACUCUGACUCCAGCCAGUCGCCCCAGGGCGCUGUGAAACGGAGCUCCACCAGUGCCAUCAAGCAACUCGCGCUGGCAGUUGAUCAGGUCAACCGGGUUCUGGAGCAGCACACACGGCAGCUGAACGAGAUCAGCCAGCGGCUGGAGCGGAUACAGUACGCUCCGACGUCUAGCAAUAUGAGCAUGCAGUCGCAGCACCUGUGGGGCGGAGGGGUGUCCCAAUCCACUGUUUUCAAAUCGCUUAUCUACGCCGUGAUUGGCCUGGUCGCCAGCCUCAUUCUGCGCUGGCUCUUCAAAUAGAGCUAAGGAUUCGGGGAGUCGUUGUUGAUGUAGUCUUGUUUGAACUUCAGGAAAAAAAAACACUUGGAAAAACCUUCAGUUAACAUCAUAUACAGCUAUAUAUAUUAUAUAAAACACCCUAGAGUACAUUCGA